GAGGGAAUUGGAGUUGUUAGAAUGAGAAAGUGUUGGUUUGUUGGAGUGUUGUUUGUGGUGGCAUAUGGAAGCUUGUUGGUAGAAGGGUACCCAAUUGAAGAUCUAGUUGUGAAGCUACCAGGCCAACCCAAAGUUAAAUUCAGUCAAUAUGCUGGUUAUGUUGAUAUAGAUAUAAAACAUGGGAGGAGUCUCUUCUAUUAUUUUGUUGAGGCUGACCAUCUCCCUCACAAAAAGCCUCUCACCCUAUGGCUCAAUGGAGGUCCGGGAUGUUCCUCUAUUGGAGGAGGUGCUUUUACUGAAUUGGGUCCAUUUUAUCCUUCUGGUGAUGGACGCGGUCUACGAAAAAAUUCAAAGUCCUGGAAUACAGUUUCCAAUAUCCUCUUUGUGGAGUCUCCCGCUGGAGUUGGUUGGUCAUACUCAAAUACAACUUCUGAUUAUAACAUUGGUGACGCCUCCACAGCCAAUGACAUGCUUUUGUUCAUGCUGAAAUGGUACGAGAAGUUUCCUUCAUACAAAUCGAGGAAGUUGUUUCUUACCGGAGAAAGUUAUGCAGGACAUUACAUACCUCAAUUAGCCAAUGCCAUUCUUGAUUAUAAUGCUCAUUCAUCAAGUUUCAAAUUCAACAUAAAAGGAGUUGCCAUUGGAAACCCACUUCUGAAAUUGGAUCGUGAUAGACAAGCAACAUAUGAAUAUCUCUGGUCACACGGAAUGAUUUCGGAUGAAAUUGUUCUUGCCAUUAGGAAUGAUUGCAAUUUUGAUGCAUCUUAUGAUAACUUAUCUAAAUCAUGCAAAGAAGCCAUAAAUGUCACUAGGAAAAUUGUGAGCCAGUAUGUAGACAACUAUGAUGUGAUUCUUGAUGUGUGUUAUCCAGCUAUAGCUGAACAAGAAAUCAGAUUGAAAAAGAUGGCUACUAAAAUAAGUUUAAGUGUAGACGUUUGUAUAGAUUAUGAAAGCUUUAAUUACCUCAACCUGCCUGAGGUUCAGAAGGCUCUCCAUGCCAACCGUACUAAUCUGCCAUAUCCAUGGGGCAUGUGUAGUGAUGUUUUGAAUUAUAGCAACACAGAUCCUGACGUUGAUAUGCUUCCAAUUCUCAAACGGAUAGUUCAAAAUCAUAUUCCAAUAUGGGUUUACAGUGGAGACCAAGAUUCAGUUGUUCCAUUACUAGGUUCUCGAACACUCAUUCGUGAACUAGCUCAUGACAUGAAAUUCAAGAUUACAGACUCAUAUAGAGUUUGGUUCCACAAAGGGCAGGCUGGAGGUUGGGUAACUGAGUAUGAAAAUUUGUUGACUUUCGCCACUGUAAGAGGAGCGGGUCACAUGGUGCCAUAUGGACAACCUUCUAGGGCAUUACAUCUAUUCAGCUCCUUUGUGCAUGGAAAGAGAUUGCCAAACACUACUAAACCCUCAAUUGGAGAAUGAAUUGUAU